AAAAAAAAAACAAAACAAAAAGAGGAAGAAAAUUCUUCACUAGACCGCGGGAUUCCAGGAAUGGAAAGGUAACGGGAAGAAAGAAAGAAGUAGGACUUGGGACGCGUAGCCGGCACUAAUACCCAGCCGCUACCAAACACGACUUCUUCGAUCACUCUUUGCUCUUCCUUUUGCUUCCCACGGCGUCGUUUUCCCUCGUUUGCCCUUCCUCUUCCUCGUCCUCUGAUUAUCUUUAACCGAGGCAGAAUGGCUCUUCGUUUUGAGGUUCUGGGGAGGUUUAAUCGUGCUCGUGCAGCGAAUCUCACACUGCCUCACUUUUUGUGUCAGACACCUCUUUUCAUGCCCGUUGGAACUCAAGGGACAAUAAAGGGGUUAACAACCAACCAGCUUGAGGAGAUCGGUUGCCAGAUAAUACUUGGGAACACAUAUCAUUUGGCACUUCGUCCUACUUCCGAGCUUAUUGAUGAAUUAGGGGGUCUGCACAAAUUUAUGAACUGGCCAAGAGCAUUGCUUACUGACUCCGGUGGCUUUCAGAUGGUAUCAUUAUUGCAUUUAGCUGAUAUCACUGAAAAGGGUGUAACGUUUCAGUCGCCAGUUGAUGGAAAACCAAUGCUCUUGACGCCUGAGGAAUCGAUUCAAAUCCAAAACAGAAUUGGAGCAGAUAUUAUAAUGGCUCUUGAUGAUGUAGUCAAAACCACCAUUACUGGUCCAAGAAUUGAGGAGGCCAUGUAUCGCACUCUACGAUGGAUAGACAGAUGUAUAGCAGCUCACAAGAGGCCAAAUGAGCAAAACUUAUUUGGUAUUGUACAAGGUGGUUUGGAUCCUGUAUUGAGAGAUAUUUGUGUUAGAGGCUUGGUAGAUCGGAAUUUGCCCGGCUAUGCCAUUGGUGGUCUUGCAGGUGGUGAAGAUAAAGAUUCAUUUUGGCGUGUUGUUGCCCAGUGCACUGCUGCAUUACCUGAGGAUAAACCACGAUAUGUUAUGGGUGUUGGUUAUCCACUGGAUAUUGUAGUUUGCAGCGCCUUGGGUGCUGACAUGUACGACUGUGUUUAUCCAACCCGUACAGCUCGCUUUGGCACAGCUCUUGUAACAGAGGGAGUAUUGAAACUAAAACACAAUGUGAUGGCUGAUGAUACUCGCCCAAUUGAUCCUACGUGUGCUUGUAUGGUGUGCAAAAAUUAUACUAGAGCCUACAUUCAUUGCCUUGUUACAAAAGAUGCUAUGGGCUCUCAGCUUCUAUCAUAUCACAACCUGUUUUACAUGAUGAAGCUUAGCAGAGACUUACACUCCUCAAUAAUCGAAGGAAGAUUUCCACAGUUCGUGUGCGAUUUUCUGCGGAAGAUGGUAGUCCUUUAUGCCUUUUUCUCUCUUUGUCACAUUCACCAUGUGAUAAGUGUAGUUACGGGCAUCUUUGUUUACUUGAGGGAGCUGAGUUGUUGGGGUCAGGGGAUGAGUGGUUCCAUGAUUGUGUUUGUCAGUAUUCGGUAGAUUGGAAUGACCUCUUUUCCUUGGUUAAUAUAUUAGUAAAUGCGUCUAAUUUUUAAGCUAUUUGAGUAACAUUAAUUUUAAAGGAGAAAUAGAUUUCUGUGUUGAAUGAACUGUUCUGAAAUUUGUUUAUAACUUUGGUGUCCUUGUGUUGGACAAGUUGUCCUCUCCAUCACAUCUGAAAUGGUACAUAUGAAUUUAAUAUCGUUUGCCAAAUUUAUAUUUUAUAUGCCUGUUCAUUUGCAUAAUUGUUGAAACAGAAACUUGGUAAAACUUUUGCCAUAAAGUUUUUGAACUUUCUAAUCUUCUUGUUGCCUUGUAGUUCCCUAAAGGCGAUGUCCCUGAAUGGGUCUGCAAUGCCAUGGAGGUUGCUGGAAUUGAUAUAUCUUCAUGCUGUGCUCCAUUUAUUUCAUCCCAAGAGUAAAGUUAGAUAAUAACACUGGAUACAGAAAUGUAAUGUAGCUAAUACAAAGUUUUACGAGGUGGUUUACACGGAACAGGUAUCAGAUAUCGACGGUAGGUAACAGCUUAGGCAGCAUAAAUUUUGUAGUCCAUAUGCUGCUCAAUUAUUACACUGAGGAUGAUUUUGCCCUCAAAUUUUGUUUGUGUUGAUUGAUUUGCCAUUACAAGAUAAGAUUUUGUAAUUCAUUGCAUUGGAAUCAAGAUUCCCUUUCAAUUUUAUUCCGACUUCGUUGUU